AGAGAGGGAGAGAGAGAGAGAGAGAAUAAGAAUGGCGGACAUAGCGAUCCUGGUGGCGGAGGAGUACGAGAGGAGGAUCAAGAAUUGCCCAAGGUUGAAGCCGAAAGUUGAAGAAGGUGGUGGGGGUGAUCAGUUUGAAGGGUUGAGCCUGAGUCUGGCUGCUUUUUCUGUGUCCUCGUUUGCAGAGAGGGUGACGAAGAAGAUGAUGGGAGAGGAUAACAAAAUGGAGAUGGUGAAGUGGGUGUUGGAGCCCAAGAGCCCGUUGAGUCUCGCAGUCUCUGAGGGAUUCUUCUCUGCUUGACCCUUCCUCUUCCUCCUUUUCCUCUUCUUUGAAUUUGUAUGAUGUAGAUCCACUGAAGAUUGUAAUUAACUUUAAUUUGAGAGGAACUGUUUAUUCCGAGCUGCUUUUCCCAAUAGCUAAUGAUGUUUUUCUUCUUCUUUUGUA